AUGCCUCUCCUUUGUUGCUUACGCAAGGGGUGGGAUGGGAGAGGAAAAGGGGUGCGGGAUGGGUGGAGAGGAGAAGGGGUGCGGAAUGGGUGGAGAGGAAAGGGGUGUGGGAUGGGUGGAGAGGAGAAGGGGUGCGGAAUGGGUGGAAGUCCCGCCAUCCCUAUUGCAGCACCAGAGCAGCCUUACCCUUCCCGUGCCUCUGCGUGCCUGCCCGUGUGCUCCACUUCUGGCUGUGAGUGGGCAGCAGGGACAUGGAAUGUGACUCAACUAGAACUCGCGCCGUCCGUCCCGUCGCAUCGCGAUCAUGUCGUCCAUUCCGUAGCCCUCCCGUUUAUCUCCCCUCGCUACCCAUUGCCUCGGUUAUCUCCUCUCGCUGCCCGCUGCCUCGUUUAUCGUGGCGCCGUUCCCUCGCCUUCAAUGUCCCCGUUCCUUCCCGUCGCCUCACGAUCUCCCCUCUCUCCCCUCACCUUCGAUGUCCCCGUUCCUCCCAUCGCCUCACGAUCUCCCCUCUCUCCCCUCGCCUUCGAUGUCCCCGUUCCUUCCCGUCGCCUCACGAUCUCCCCUCUCUCCCCUCGCCUUCGAUGUCCCCGUUCCUUCCCGUCGCCUCACGAUCUCCCCUCUCUCCCCUCGCCUUUGAUGCCCCCGUUCCUUUCCGUCGCCUUAUGGUCUCCCCUCUCUCCCCUCGCCUUCGAUGUCCCCGUUCCUUCCCAUCGUCUUACGGUCUCCCCUCUCCCCAUAUACGCAUCAUGA